UCUCCUGAAUAGUAAAGUCUGAAAUCCCCAAAUUGAUUUCACUUGUUCAACCUUCCUAUCACCUUACGCUCACAGCGCCGCCGUUCGCCGCCGUUCGUGAAUCGGGGGAGACCAUCAAAGGAUUUGCAAAACCUGAAGUGGAGACCCUUCUCUGGAAGCAGGAUUCGUGACCUAAUUCUCUCCAAUUAUCAGCUGCUGCUGCUGCCACCAACGAUGAAGGUGGUUGCACUCGUUAGCGGCGGCAAAGACAGUUGCUAUGCCAUGAUGAAAGCUAUUCACUAUGGCCACCAAAUUGUUGCAUUGGCCAAUUUGCUUCCGCUUGAUGAUUCUGUGGAUGAGCUCGACAGCUACAUGUACCAAACUGUUGGGCAUCAAAUUGUCGUCAGUUAUGCUGAAUGUAUGGGAUUGCCAUUGUUCAGGAGGCGAAUACAAGGAUCAACAAGGCAUCAGGAGCUUGGUUACAAAACAACUCAAGGUGAUGAAGUCGAGGAUAUGUAUAUCUUGUUACGGGAAGUGAAAAGGCAGAUACCCUCAGUUACCGCAGUAUCUUCUGGAGCCAUUGCAUCUGACUAUCAGAGACUGCGGGUGGAAAGUAUUUGUUCAAGGUUAGGACUUGUUUCUUUGGCAUACUUAUGGAAACAAGAUCAGUCCUUGCUUCUCCAGGAAAUGAUUGCAAAUGGAAUUCUAGCUGUAACUGUGAAGGUAGCUGCCAUGGGUUUGGAUCCUGCAAAGCACUUGGGUAAAGAAUUAGCCUUCUUAAAUUCUUAUUUGCACAAAUUGAAAGAGCUAUAUGGAAUCAAUGUCUGUGGUGAAGGAGGGGAGUAUGAAACAUUAACACUUGAUUGCCCACUGUUCACUAAUGCUCGCAUUGUGCUUGAUGACUAUCAAGUUGUGAUGCACUCUUCAGAUUCCAUAGCUCCUGUUGGUAUCCUUCAUCCCUUGGCGUUUCAUUUGGAAAGUAAGACAGAUGUCCCGUCUUUAAAGUCACAAGACACAAUACAUGAUAUUUGUAUGCCGAAACUGGGAUCUGUGUUUGAAGUGCACAGCAGUCUAGAAAUAUGUGAAGCUACGUGCAAGCCUGUAGAUUAUAGUGCUGAUCCAAUUGAUGGUGUAAAACAUAAAUUUAACAUCUCAAAAACGAAUAACAAGAGCACAUUCUCCAUAUGUUGCUGGUUGCAAGAUUCAGGCAAUGCAGGUUUGCAGGAAGAUUUGACGAUUGUUUUAGGGAAAAUUGAAUCACAAUUAGCUGGCUUUGGUUUUGGUUGGGAGAAUGUCCUCUAUAUUCACCUUUACAUUGAUGAUAUGAAUAAGUUCUCUGAGGCAAAUGAGACAUAUGUGAAGUUUAUAACACAGGAGAAGUGCUCAUUUGGUGUCCCAUCCCGUAGUACAGUUGAAAUGCCUUUAGCAGAAAUGGGUUUAAGCAAAGCCUACAUUGAAGUUUUGGUAGCAAAUAAUAAAGAUAAAAGAGUUUUGCAUGUGCAAAGUAUUUCCAGUUGGGCACCUAGUUGCAUUGGGCCAUACAGCCAGGCUACCUUGCAUGACUGUAUACUUCACAUGGCUGGCCAAUUGGGGCUCGACCCUCCUACAAUGAAUCUUUGCAGUGGAGGCCCUGGUGUUGAACUGGAACAAGCACUCAAAAACAGUGAAGCAGUGGCAAAAUGUUUUAAUUGUUCAAUAUCAACAUCUGCAAUCUCUUUUGUGACAUACUGUUCAAAACAUGUCUCAUCAUCAGAGAGACUUGAUAUACAGACGAAACAAGAAACAAACCUUAGGAAGAUGAAGAUCUCUGAGUUACAGGAGGGAAAAACACGCAAAACAUUAGAACCCAUGUUUCUUUAUAUCCUCGUUCCUGAUCUACCUAAAAGAGCUUGUGUAGAAGUGAAGCCUGUUCUUUAUGUUGAGGAUGGAACAGAUGUUAAGAUUGAGACCAUAACAGAAAAGUCUUGCGCCAAGACAUCAUCUUGUUGGGGUUUCAAGCAGGAAAGUUGGCAUGAUUCUUGCAUUCAGAAAUGUGUGAUUUCUGGAAAGAUAUGUUCUGUUAUAUUGUCUAUUUCAAGUGAGCUGGCUGCAAAGAUAUGUUCCGAUUCUCUUCCUGCUGAUUAUGUCAAUAAUGGUCAACAUCCUCUACCCAAGGCAUCAAUGGAGAAGCUAUUGAAGUUCUGCGUUUAUCUUCUUGACACAGUUAUAACAGAUAAUGACUUUGCCUGGGAUGAUAUAAUGUGUUUGAGGUUCUACAUCCCAGUGAGUCUUCAAAUGUCAGUGGAGCUAUUACAACCAAUGUUCAACAAUGCACUUUCUGAACUUUCUGAGAUGAGUCAGAAGAGAGUUAACAAUGGCAAGGAGCCAAUCUUCAACAUAGUUCCUGUCAUAGGUGCUGGUAGGUCUGCUUCAUCCAUGGAUGAUCUAGUAACCUGUGAAUUACUGGCUCGGAAAUUGUAAGUACACAUGUUUCUGAAAAUGUUCUGAAGUGAUUAAGGGCAAGGAGUGGUUUAGUUAUUGUGUAGUUUACUAGCUGAUCUUCUAGGAUUUUUAAAUGGAUUCACUUUUUUCCAAAACCAACACACAGACGGAUUCACAGGGAUAGCUUGGUGAUUAGGAUGGAAUGGGAAUUUACUCAUUUAGGUUCUGUCAAGGACUUGGCAUAUAAAGAAAGAGUUGGGAAAACUAGACUUCCCAAAGAUUUGAUAAAAUUUCAGAGCUACCCCUUUAAUUUCAUAAAUUGCAUAAAACUGCAUUUUUCAUCUGUACGAAAGGUUGUGUGAAGACUGAAGUGUAAUUUGAUCACAAUUUUAUUACAUUUGACAGAGAUGUCAGUGCAAUUUUUUCAAAA